GAUGGAGAACCGGAUUUUUUACACCUUGUGUUUACUGGCGGUCCUGGAGUCCAGCUGGAGUUACUUUCAAUCUGAAGGUCUGGAAAGACCCGUGCGUCAAGGUGCCGAAGUCUCUCCGGCUGCAGAGCAGCGCGUCUUUGCGCAAGAGAGCGCGAACCGGGACAUGGUCACCAUCAACAUGUUCAAAGUGUACGAGAAGUACAGUAAAGAGCCGCAGAGCCAGAAGGAAGGAAACACCGUGAGAAGUUUUAAAGCUGUUCCGAGAGUCUCACAGGGCAGAGAUGUGUUCCAGUUCAACCUGUCCUCAAUCCAAAACUCCGAGCUCAUCCUCUCCGCCUCUUUUCACUUCCUCUACCAGAGGCCCCGCCACCACCAGAGACUGGCGUGGCGUUUCCGAACACCUCGCCACCCGUCUGGAGGCAUCCAGCAUCCCGAUCCUGCUCAUUCGCGGCUCCUCUUCUAUGGGUUGUCCCUAAACUCGGCUUUUCUGACGCCUCUGGGAAACGUAACUCUGUCUCCUUUCAAGAAAAGCUCUUGGCAAACGCAGGACGUAACUGCAGUGCUGAAACAUGCCAGAGAUGUCAAAGAGCUUGUGGUCAUGGUGGAGUUUGAUAUGGGAUUUGGGGGGGCUCGGGUACAGCAGAGGAGCCCUCAUGGCCAAGAACGCCUCUCACCAGCCAACCUGCCGUAUAUCUUGGUGUAUGCCGACGAUCGAGCUAUAGAUGAACCAAACAGCGUAGCCAUGUCACUACAGAGGUAUGGGCCUUUUCCGGCCGGGGAUGACUCAUCCGUCUCAACGUCAGCCUCGAGGAUUCGGAGGGAGCUUCAUCUACAGAUCCAAACCAACGACAUCCCGGAGGCGCAUUUCAAUAACCUGAAGAACCACGAACUGUGGCAGAGCACAUAUUUCCCAGCAAAAGCAAAAACUGUGGUCAAAACUGGAAGAAAGCAGGGCCUGGUAAGCAGCGAGGGCCUGAGCAAGCCACAAGUGCUGAGCUUUGAUGAGAGGACGAUGAAGAAGGCCAGGAGGAGACAGUGGAGUGAGCCCAGGGUUUGCUCCAGGCGUUACCUCAGGGUAGACUUUGCAGACAUCGGCUGGAGCGAGUGGGUGUUGGCGCCAAAGGCUUUUGAUGCCUACUACUGCGCCGGGACCUGUGGAUUCCCCAUACCUAAAGUGGCACGUCCUUCCAAUCACGCCACUAUCCAGAGCAUUGUCAGAGCUGUGGGAAUUGUCCCUGGUGUGCCUGAGCCAUGUUGUGUUCCAGACAAGAUGAGCCCCCUCAGCGUCCUUUACCUGGAUCCGAGCAGGAACAUGGUGCUAAAGGUUUACCCAAACAUGUCUGUGGAUACAUGCGCCUGCCGGUAGGGCCACUGCAUGAGCCACUGGAAACUGUGAUCAAUGAAGAUAGGAGACAAUGAAGACAAAGAAAGUGUAGACUCAGCAUGUAACAGGAAGCUCGUGUCAGAUGGAAGAACAGUUGUGGAGAGAAACAGUGAGAAUAACUGAUACAUACAGAAUUUUCUUCCGAGAUCUUGGCCUUGUUUCGUGUCUGCCAGGAUUGGACAUUGCCUUAAGUAUUUUUCUUCUGUCUAAUAGUGUUCAUAGAUGCCUUUCAUC